AUGGCCCUGCCUUCGUCUCCCAGCCCCUCUCUAAAAGCCCAUUUGCAGGCACUGCAGAUUGUCCAGAAAGAAGUCUGGGAACCCAUCGCCGCUGCAUACCAGGAACAACUGAACCGACCGGUGGUGCCACAUCCGUUCCAGAUUGGAGACACAGUUUGGGUCCGUCAACAUCAAACCAAAAACUUGGAACCCCGCUGGAAAGGACCCUAUACUGUGUUGCUAACAACCCCGACGGCGCGCAAGGUCGACGGUAUCACAGCUCCCCACAUCCCUGUAAAUUCGACUUGGGUCCUGCUAGAUGGAUUUGGUGUCCUUCUUAACAAAACUUCCAAAAUAGCUCCCCCGUACACUUGGUUCCCUGAACUAAGUUUUGAUCUAGCUCAGGCCAUGCCACCCGGGUCCUACGCCAGGCGCAUCGUAGACGACCAAAAAACACAUUUCUACAUGUGCCCUUCCCCGGGGAGUAGCCCCUGGCGACUGCAGAAUUGUGGAACUAGGGACGACUUAUAUUGCGCCGCGUGGGGAUGUGAGGAUUUCGCCACCAGCUGGCUACCAACCUCAAUCGGACUCCUUCAGCUCACCAGGGACCCCAAGUAUAAUAGAUGUGGGUAUGCACUCAAUGUUGAUGACCCCCGUCCUGUACCCAAACCCUGUAAUCAGCUCAUCCUUACCGUUACCGAUAAGGGCAAAAAGUAUAAAGAGGGAUGGUUGCGUGGAAAAGAAUUCGGGUUGCGCCUCUGGAAAACAGGCCGCGUAGGAGGAAUAAUGCGCCUCCAGCUGACUCUUGAUAAACCCAAGGUGCCUGUCGGGCCUAACUCGGUGUUACCAAACCUGAGAGUCUCCUCCUCCCAACCUAAAAAAUUACCCAUUCCGCCUACAACCAUGCCCCCUAACAAAACUCCGGGCCCAGCCAGUCUAGGCAUUCCCACACCACAAUUUCUCCGAUCAAGUACAGGUGAUAGACUGUUUGGUCUAAUACAGGGAGCCUUCCAGACGCUUAAUUAUACUGAUCCUAACAAAACCCAAGAAUGCUGGCUAUGCCUGGUCCCAACUCCCCCUUACUACGAAGGGGUUGCAAUAACGGGGAACUUUGUAAACUACACCACACCCCCAACAUAUUGUACUUCGACCUCCCAACAUAGGCUAACUCUAUCUGAAGUGUCUGGCCGGGGAACCUGUAUCGGGUCAGUCCCCAAAACCCACCAAAAAAUUUGCAACUCAACCUCCAGGAUCCACCCGGGCUCCUAUUACCUAACGGGCCCCAAUGGGACCUAUUGGGCUUGCAGCUCCGGCUUAGCGCCCUGCGUAUUUGCAUUAAUUCUCAACCAGAACUCUGACUUUUGUGUCCUCAUUGAACUCUGGCCUAAAGUUGUCUACCAUGAACCUAAAUACAUCCACAAACAUUUUGAGGGGAUCACCCGGUACUCUAGGGAGCCUGUAUCUCUAACUUUGGCCUUAAUACUAGGGGGACUCACAGUCGGGGGUAUCGCAGCAGGAAUAGGGACUGGUUCUGCUGCCCUGGUAGAAACUACUCAGUUCCAACAACUACAACAGGCCAUGCAUACCGACUUGCAAGCGUUAGAAGAAUCAGUCAGUGCUCUGGAAAAAUCCUUGACCUCCCUUUCAGAAGUAGUCUUGCAGAAUAGAAGGGGGCUAGAUAUCCUCUUCUUACAAGAAGGAGGACUAUGUGCAGCUUUAAAGGAAGAAUGUUGCUUUUAUGCUGACCAUACUAGAUUGGUAAGGGAUAACAUGGCUAAACUCAGAGAAAGACUCAGACAGAGACAGCAAUUCUUUGAGUCAGGACAGAACUGGUACGAGAGAUGAUUUAGUCGGUCCCCUUGGAUUACCACCCUGAUCUCCUCCAUUAUGGGUCCCCUAAUCAUAAUUCUCCUGAUUCUACUAGUUGGGCCUUGUAUCCUAAAUCGGCUAGUUCAGUUUAUAAAGGACCGGCUCUCUGUCAUACAGACGUUAGUGCUAACCCAACAGUACCAUCAACUCAAACAGCUAGAGGAUUGCAAAAGUCAGAAAGGAUCUAUGUGA